GGGCCAAGGAAGAGAGGGACAAGAACUUCCACUCGUGGUUGGUCUGGAAGGCUGCUUAACAGCUGUGAGGGCUCAAAUAGGUUUGUUUUGCAAAUUGUGGCAAUUGGGCUGGAGGUGAGAUGGUGAAUGUCUCAUUGUUAUGCUCUGCCAAAAAGGGAGCUCUUGAUCCCUUCUGACCUUGACAGGACCUCCAAAAUGUUCAGUCUGGCCCUGGAACAGGGAAAUGCAGUUGGCUAGUCCGGAUUCCUUCCCUUUUCUUGGAGGAGGGGCAGUUUGGGGGAUAUAAGCAACACCCCCCCCCCCCCCCCCCGCUGUCACCCUCCGCCCCCUUUGGGGUCCCUCGCGCCCACUUGCUGCCCCCAUCCUGGGGCCCGAGCCCCCACCUCCACCAUCCCUUUCGGUUUCUUCCCUCCAGCCUGUGCCUCUUCCCUCUCCCUCUCUCCCUCUCUCUCUCCCACUUUUCCUCCCUCUCGCGCUCCGUCUCACACGCACCCUCUGUUUAUUUUCCUGCCUCCAUCUGGGCCCUGCUGAUAUUGUAAUCACCCUGAUGCACGUUGGCUUCUCUCCUCUCCCUCCUGCGCUCACACACUCACUCACACACAAUGUGCCAUCCUGACAAGCCUUUUACUUCUGAUAAGCUCCGAUGUGUGUUUAAUGAAUACAAAGCCGCGGUCUGGGUGCCGCCUCGGCUGCGGCCGCUCUCCUGCGCUCCUUUGCCAGAAGAUCGGACUGAGAAGCACUCCACGAUGCCAGACUCACCUGUGGAUGUGAAGACCCCAUCCAGGCUGACUCCUCCCACCAUGCCACCUCCCCCCACAACUCAAGGAGCUCCAAGAACCAGUUCAUUUACGCCGACGACUUUAACUAAUGGCACGAGCCAUUCACCCACAGCCUUGAAUGGCGCCCCCUCGCCGCCCAAUGGCUUUAGCAAUGGGCCUUCCUCCUCUUCCUCUUCUUCUCUGGCUAAUCAACAGCUGCCCCCAGCCUGUGGCGCCCGGCAGCUCAGUAAGCUGAAACGGUUCCUUACUACCCUGCAGCAGUUUGGCAAUGACAUUUCUCCAGAGAUAGGAGAGAGAGUCCGCACCCUCGUACUAGGACUGGUGAACUCUACUUUGACAAUUGAAGAAUUUCAUUCCAAACUGCAAGAAGCUACUAACUUCCCACUGCGACCUUUUGUCAUCCCAUUUCUGAAGGCCAACUUGCCCCUGCUGCAGCGCGAGCUCCUCCACUGCGCAAGGCUGGCCAAACAGAACCCUGCCCAGUACCUCGCCCAGCAUGAACAGCUGCUUCUGGACGCCAGCACCACCUCACCUGUUGACUCCUCAGAGCUGCUUCUCGAUGUGAACGAAAACGGGAAGAGGCGAACUCCAGACAGAACCAAAGAAAAUGGCUUUGACAGAGAGCCUUUGCACUCAGAACAUCCAAGCAAGCGACCAUGCACUAUUAGCCCAGGCCAGCGGUACAGUCCAAAUAACGGCUUAUCCUACCAGCCCAAUGGCCUGCCUCACCCCACCCCACCUCCACCUCAGCAUUACCGUUUGGAUGAUAUGGCCAUUGCCCACCACUACAGGGACUCCUAUCGACACCCCAGCCACAGGGACCUCAGGGACAGAAACAGACCUAUGGGGUUGCAUGGCACACGUCAAGAAGAAAUGAUUGAUCACAGACUAACAGACAGAGAAUGGGCAGAGGAAUGGAAACAUCUUGACCAUCUGUUGAACUGCAUCAUGGACAUGGUGGAGAAGACACGGCGGUCCCUCACCGUGCUGCGGCGGUGUCAGGAGGCCGACCGCGAGGAGCUGAAUUACUGGAUCCGGCGCUACAGCGACGCUGAGGACUUGAAGAAAGGUGGCGGCGGCGGCGGCGGCCACUCCCGGCAGCAGAGCCCCGUCAACCCGGACCCGGUGGCGCUAGAUGCGCAUCGGGAAUUCCUUCACAGGCCUGCUUCUGGAUACGUGCCAGAGGAGAUCUGGAAGAAAGCUGAGGAGGCGGUCAACGAGGUGAAGCGCCAGGCGAUGACCGAGCUGCAGAAGGCGGUGUCGGAGGCCGAGCGGAAAGCCCAUGACAUGAUCACGACCGAGCGUGCCAAGAUGGAGCGCACGGUGGCGGAGGCCAAGCGGCAGGCGGCGGAGGACGCGCUGGCCGUCAUCAAUCAGCAGGAGGAUUCGAGCGAGAGUUGCUGGAACUGCGGCCGCAAAGCAAGCGAAACCUGCAGCGGCUGUAACACAGCCCGGUACUGUGGCUCAUUUUGCCAGCACAAAGACUGGGAGAAGCACCACCACAUCUGCGGACAGACCCUGCAGGCCCAGCAGCAGGGGGACACGCCCGCGGUCAGCUCCUCCGUCACGCCCAACAGCGGGGCCGGGAGCCCCAUGGACACACCACCAGCAGCCACCCCGAGGUCGACCACCCCGGGGACCCCUUCUACCAUAGAGACAACCCCUCGCUAGACGUGAACUCAGAACUGUCAGAGGAAAGACAACACAACCAACACGGAACCAAUUCCUCGUCCUCAGAUGCUCAAAGUUGUUUUUUUGUUUGUUUCUAGAUGAACUAUCCUAUUUCAGUACUUCAGCCAGAGAGGACCUAACUGUAUCUUGAGGUAGUAGUAAAACAGAGGGCCAGUAACGGGUCGUAAUGACUUAUUGUGGAUAACAAAGAUAUCUUUUCCUUAGAGAACUGAAAAGAGAGCAGAGAAUAUAACAUGAAAUGAUAGAUUUGACCUCCUCCCUGUUAUUUUCCAGUAGCUGGGAUUUUAAACUAGGUGACCUCAUUAACCGAUGCUUUACCAAACAGCAAACCAAGAGAUUGCUAAUUGCUGUUGAAAGCAAAAAUGCUAAUAUUAAAAGUCACAAUGUUCUUUAUAUACAAUAAUGGAAAAAAAAAAAAAGAGGAAAACCCUCAAGGGCAUGAGCAUUGGCUACAGCGGUAGACAUUUUAACAAGAAGAUGAAUGGCGUCCGUGGGUUGCUAACUGAACUUUGAAGACCCGCUACAAAACGCGCAGAUGUGUAGCAUAUUGGAAGGAGACACAGAUGUUCGUUUUUUUUUUUUUUUUCCUGUUUCUGAAAAGAAAUAAUAAUAUCCAGGUCAACAGAAUGAAAAAUGAAAGAUGAUUUGCAGUGGGAUGUAUGAAUACAGCAGCAAGAAAAAAAAAUGCCAUAGUACAAAAGGCUCCUUUUAUAUAUAUAUAUACAUACAUAUAUAUAUACACAAGCACACAUUCACACCACACACACACACACACACACAAACACACACACACACAAAGUAAGAGACUCAGCCUGCAGUUAAUUAGCAUUCUGGCAGCUUUGACAUCAGCCAGCUGCCCUAAAUAACCCUUCGACGUUUCUUCACUUUUGCAAGGUUCCACAGAGUAAGACAUUGGGUCUAUUCCAGCUCAUUCAUUUUUAUAUUGAAAAAUAAUUUAAAAAAAAAUGGUGGCUCCAGCUCCAGCCCCUUUCCAAAUUUUUUCAACCCCACCCUGUUUGGAUUUUUAAUUAAAAACUAGUAGUUCUCUUGGUGUUAAAACACUUCUGUCCUGUGAGGUUUCCCAAUGGUGUUUUUCUUGUAAAUGUGUUGGACAAAUGUGAAGAUGCAUUGUAGUUUAACCAUAUGCCCACAUUUAGUCUCUUUAUUCCUAGUUGGUGAGAAACCUGUAUCUUUCUAUGCUGCUUUUAUAUCUGUAUGUAUUAGUGAUAUUUCUCUAGUAGUUCGGAAAAAAAAAAAAAAGGAAAAAAAAAAGACUCUUUUUUUUUUUGGUUGUCCUAAAGAAAAGAAAAAAAGGCUAUCUUUCGGAGCUGCUAUUUCUCUCUUAUAGGAUUUUUUUUCCUGAAAACCAGCAUGCUUCACGGAAUGCUAACAUAUUGGUGUUUUUGUAAGAGGGAUGUACAUAAAUGUAUUUUGCACUGUCAUGAUGACUCCCUAGGCAUGCUUUUUUUUUUUUUUUUUUUUUGAGCAAACUUUUAAAUAUGCUAGAGCCAUUUCACCAAGUUUAGCUGUAGCAUAGAGUAGUAGUGGAAUUUUCCUUUCCCUUUUUUUUUUUUUUUUUGGAAAAAUCAUUAUUAGGGACUUUUUUAAAAAAAUAAAAUAACAAGAUAUCCUACUUAAAAAAAAAAAAGACAGUGCAUGCAUAUUGCUGUAAGGUUGUUUAAGUAUUUCUAAUUUUACAAAAAAAAAAAAAAAAAAGAUAAAUCAUUAGAGCUCCAAAUGCUGAGGUGUAGACUGACAGCUUUAACACUGCUGAAUGCCAGGUUAUACAGUAUUCUUACAAAAAGGGAAGUCAGCCAAAGACUGAUCUGAUGGACCAAAAUCGGAAUUUUGAAAAGCACCAGUACUACUUUCCAAAUGAUCAGCAGGUUAAACAUGUUCAGCAAGGUAUAGUGUGAAUCCAUUAACCCUUCGUUGUCCAGGGUCCAGACCAGAACUACUUGUUAGUUUUGAAAACAGUAGCCCAGGAUGUGGUUGUGUGCUUUAGAGAAGGUCAGCAGUGCUGCAGGCUGUGUAGACAACCAAAGUUUUUGAGGCUGGGAAGACACUUCUCCACAUACAUACACACAACAGGCAUUUAUUUAGAAAUCUAAAGCAAUCCAUUAACUUUGUUUUGGUUUUUCUUUUCUUUUUUUUUCUUUCUUUCCUUAUUCUUUUUUUUUUUUUUUUUAAUGUCGCCCUUGGAUACGAUUUUAAAUGGUUUUUAAGUAACUGCAUAGAGGCAGUUCUAAAUGGGUUCUCUUUAAGCCUCUCAAACCUGACAUUUUUAGCAUCCCCCCCCCCAUCUCUUUUCAUAUACAGGUUGGUUUUAAUUUUGUUUGGGUGGUGUUAUUUUUUAACGGCUUUUUAGUUUAGAAAGUUUUGAUGAGCAAAUAAAUACAUCUAUCUGCAUGUUGGAAGUCCAUCUGCCAGCACACCUGCUUCGAGUGGAAUGAAAGCACAUAACCAGGCUCCGAAUGGGUUAUAUUUUAUCAUGGUGCUCCCAGAAUCCUUUGACCUCACUCUGCUUUCUAGUCUGCUUGUGACACUGGACAGUCCUUUCUUACAGAGCUAUUAUAUGUUCUAGGCUACGAAGGGUUAAAUAAUCCCAAAAAUGAGGUAUGUCAUACCCACACGUCUUUAUCUCUAGAAGCUGUGAUGUAUGUGAAACAGCACUGUUAUUCUUAACACUAGUGUGUAAAAUAAGGAUUAGUACAGUACGUCUCAUUACUUUUAAUUCAGGGCACCCUGAGUGAAAACAAAUACAAAAAAAUCCCUAACUCUGAGCUCUAUCUCUGAUUCCUCUUCCUCCUUCCCCUCUUCCUCCUCCUCCUCUUCCUCUCCUCCUGUUUUGCUACAUUCUCCUCAGUGGCAAAAAGUCUCACUCUACCUCUGACAGCAUGUAUAUUGCACCAGUAGCUAACAAAAACUGGUCUAGUCAAACCAAAUGGGCACAAAAGAACCAGGAUACCAAAAGUUAAGCUCAUACAGCUGCAAACCAUAUCACUUCUUGGUAACAAUGCAGACCUCAUAAACCUAAAGAAGAGAAAGAAAAGAAAACUUUUGUUACUUUCCUUUUUUGCUUGUCACUUAUAUACAGGCUAUGUGAGAGUAUAAUUUGUAGGUAUAACACAUUUAAAAAAAAAAAGUUAUCUUCAUUGGAUAGAAUUGAAUGGUGGUCGCUGAUAGGAAUAGGGCGUCCUCUAUCUCUUAUCUCUGUCUCUGACUCUUUUCUCUUUCUCUUUUUCUCUGUCAUGAGACUGUGUGUGACAGGGCCACCUGUCUUUUAAAUUUUUUUUCUUAACUUUUUUUUUUUUUUUUUUAUGUGUAGGUGCAUGUCUUGGGGAUUUAAAAAUUUCAAGGCUGGUUUACUUAUGCAAAGCAUGCCUACGUCUGGAAUACUUAGGGAAAGAAAGCGACUCCAUAUUGUCCGAAUUC